GGCGGCCCGGCGGCACGCGCUGCCCGCACUCACCCCUUCCUACGUUGGGCUGAGGAGGCUCCGGGCCGGGCCGGGCCGCGGCACCUGCUGCCGGGCGGCGCCGGGCCGCAUGAACAAUAGGCGGCGGUACCGGCCCCGCCGCCCCCCGCAGCGCUCGGCUGCCGCGGGCGCCUCCCCUUAUGGAGCAGCCUCGCCAUGGAGCCCCUCACAGCGCUCAGCCAGGAGGGCGCGGGCGGCGGGGAGCCGGCGGGCGGCGGGCCGCUCUGGACGGCCGUCUUCGAGUACGAGGCGUGCGGAGAGGACGAGCUGAGCCUGCGGCCGGGAGACGUGGUGCAGGUGCUGUCCCGGGACUCGCAGGUGUCCGGCGACGAGGGCUGGUGGACGGGGCAGAUCGACCAGCGCGUCGGCAUCUUCCCCAGCAACUACGUGAGCAGCGGCGUGCAGGGGGGCGGCCCGGAGCUGCGUGCCCGCUACCCGCCGCCCCCCGCCAUACAGCUCUUGGAGAUCGACUUCUCAGAACUUGUUCUGGAGGAAAUCAUUGGCAUAGGGGGCUUCGGAAAAGUAUAUCGAGCUGUGUGGAUAGGAGAUGAGGUUGCUGUUAAGGCAGCUCGCUAUGACCCUGAUGAGGACAUCAGCCAGACCAUUGAGAAUGUCCGCCAAGAAGCCAAGCUCUUUGCAAUGUUAAAGCAUCCCAACAUCAUUGCCCUCAGGGGCGUGUGUUUGAAGGAACCCAAUCUUUGCUUGAUCAUGGAGUUUGCCCGUGGAGGAUCGUUAAAUAGAGUGUUGUCUGGUAAAAGGAUACCUCCUGACAUUUUAGUGAACUGGGCAGUACAAAUUGCAAAGGGAAUGAACUACUUGCACGAGGAAGCAAUUGUUCCUAUAAUUCACCGUGACCUGAAGUCCAGCAACAUACUGAUACUCGAAAAGGUGGAAAAUGGAGAUCUGAGCAACAAGAUAUUGAAGAUCACGGAUUUCGGCUUGGCCAGGGAAUGGCAUAAAACUACCAAAAUGAGUGCAGCUGGGACAUAUGCUUGGAUGGCUCCUGAGGUCAUCCGCUCCUCCAUGUUCUCCAAAGGCAGCGAUGUGUGGAGUUAUGGUGUGCUGCUUUGGGAGCUCCUAACAGGGGAAGUGCCAUUCCGAGGAAUUGAUGGUCUUGCAGUAGCCUACGGUGUUGCCAUGAAUAAACUUGCUCUUCCAAUCCCUUCCACGUGUCCAGAGCCUUUUGCCAAACUAAUGGAAGAUUGUUGGAAUCCUGACCCACACUCACGACCUUCCUUUGCCAGUAUCCUAGGCCAUCUCACCGCUAUAGAAGAGUCUGGUUUCUUUGAAAUGCCCAAAGAUUCCUUCCAUUCCCUUCAAGAAGACUGGAAACAAGAAAUCCAAGAAAUGUUUGAUCAGCUCAGAGCCAAAGAAAAGGAGCUUCGCACAUGGGAAGAAGAGCUGACUCGUGCUGCUGUUGAACAGAAGAACCAUGAGGAGUUGCUCCGAAGACGGGAACAGGAGCUGGCAGAACGUGAGAUUGACAUUCUGGAAAGGGAGCUCAACAUCAUCAUCCACCAGCUGUGUCAGGAGAAGCCUCGUGUGAAGAAACGCAUGGGGAAGUUCAAGAAGAGUCGGCUCAAGUUAAAAGAUGGCAAUAAUAUCAGCCUGCCUUCAGAUUUCCAGCAUAAAUUCACUGUGCAGGCUUCUCCAACAAUGGAUAAAAGGAAGAGCUUGAUCAGUAGCUGCUCCAGCCCUCCUGCAAGUCCUACUAUUAUUCCCAGACUCAGGGCCAUACAGUUGACUCCUGCUGAAAGCAGUAAAACAUGGGGACGAAACUCAGUCCUUCCAAAGGAGGAAGGAGAGGAAGAAGAGAAGAGAGGCCAGAAGAAAAAAGGACGCACUUGGGGACCAAGCUCACUUUGUCACAAGGAGUUAGGUGCAGGAGAGGACAGUCUGAAAGCUCUGGUAGAAGGAUACAAACAGUGGUCAUCCAGUGCACCAAACCUAGGGAAGAUCCAGAGAACUGCACCUGCUUUUCCAGGAUUCACCAGCUUAGCAGAGAUGGAUGAUGAAGACAGUGAAUGUCUUAACGGGGAGGGCAAAGUGCACCCUUCACCUGGGCACAACCAGUCAUACCUCUGCAUCCCCUUUCAGAAGAAUGAUGACUGGGACGGGCCUUCUAGUGAUGCCAAUGAGGAGUCCACUCCUGUGAACUCUGCUACAAGCACCCCACAGCUGACACCCACCAACAGCCUCAAACGUAGUGGCUCCCACCACAAACGGUGCGAGGUUGCCUUGCUUGGCUGUGGAGCGGUUCUGGCUGCUGCAGGCCUGGGGUUUGAUCUGCUAGAAGCAGGGAAGUGUCAGCUACUGAUUGAAGAGGAGCCAGAACCGCCCAAGGAAGAGAAGAAAAAACGUGACAGCAUUUUCCAGCGAGCUGGGCGCCCACGCAGGAGCACUAGCCCACCUUCUCGAAAAAUCUUCAAGAAAGACGAGCCCAUGUUGUUGCUUGGCGAGCCAUCCACAUCCCUCACCCUUCUUUCCCUGUCUUCCAUUUCCGAAUGUAAUUCCACCCGUUCCCUGCUGCGCUCAGACAGUGAUGAGAUUGUGGUAUACGAAAUGCCUGUCAGCCCUGUGACAGUCAAGGCUCCCUUGCCAGCUAUUAAUAACCCACUAGUUAAUGUCCAGAUUGAGAGAUUCAAACAAGACCCCAACCAGUCCCUCACUCCCACACACGUGACGGUCUCUUCCCACACCCAGCAAGGCGGGCACAGGCGCACACCUUCUGAUGGGGCCAUCAAAGGGACUGGACUAGUUGUCAAUGGGUGCCCAACCAGUGGAUGCCCUUCCAGUAGCUGUUUAACUGGAGCACUGGGAGCAGGUGUAUUAAAAACACCUAGUCCAAGUAGAGAUCCAAAUGAGGUCCCUCGCCUGCCAGAUCCCAACCUUGUUUUUCCUCCAACCCCGAGACGAUGGAAUGCACAGCAGGACCCCACGCUGGAAAGACCCAAGACACUGGAGUUCCUGCCUCGGCCUCGGCCCGCAGCCAGCCGGCAGCGGCUUGAUCCCUGGUGGUUUGUGUCACCCAGCAAUGCCAAGGGUGAAUCUUCUGCCAACAGUUCAAGUACUGACACUCCAAGUAAUCUGGACUCUUGUUUUGCUAGUAGCAGCAGCACUGUAGAAGAGAGACCCGGACUUCCUGCACUGCUUCCUUUCCAGGGGAGUCAUCCUGUAGAGGAGCGGACAUUGUUGGACAUAGAUGCUGAGGGACAGAGCCAAGACAGCACCAUUCCGCUAUGCAGAAGUGAACUUAACACACACAAAGCUACAGCAUAUGAACUCAAGCAAGAAUUCUGGUCUUAGUAUGAAAUUCACUCGGGACAGUAAGCCCCUCUAAAUUCAAUUCUACUUUUUGCACUGAGAAUGCACUUUGAAGACAAAUGAGAUAGAAGCUACGGAGAUCGUAUGGUGCUGCCUCUGCUGAAGGUGUUGUUCAACUGCCUGAUUGUUGUCUGCAGUUGGCUGUAAUUUGGCAACUCAAAGCUGCUGCCUUUGUUGUGGGGUUUUUCUGUAGUCUUCCCUGUCACCUUAUUGCAGUUUGUAUCUGCAGUAAGCUAAAAUUAUAUCCAAGUCUUUGUUACUGACCUUGUAGGAUUUGGCACUUGCAGUAAGUAUCUAUCCUGGUACUCAUCAGUGUUUUCAAAACUCAAAUGCUAUAUAACACAGCAGACGCCAGUAUUUAUUUUUCCCCAAAAUUCCAGGAAAGAAACAAGUAAAUAUCUGGAGACUACCUUCUCUGAAAUGUGUCAUUAGAUAGGCCUGGCUAUCACGGUGCCCCCACUGAAGAAGCAGAAGUAGCGGUCUUACACUUGCUUGCCCUGUUUUGUUUAUGUCCUACUGUAAGGUGGAGAAGAUUGCUGAGGAAGGCCAUGGCAUCUCCAUUGGUGGACUUCUUGGAGAAGAGACUGGAAGGCUGGGAAUGAGUAGGUGUAGUUAUCCUGGCUUCAAGGCAGGGUGAGUGGGCUUCAAUGAUCUUUUGAGGUCCCUCUCAGCCCUAUUUUUCCAUGACCCUUUGCUUUCAAAAUAGUGAAUGGGGGUGUUAGGUCUACUUACUUCAGCCUGUUUUUUUGUUUCUAGCCGUGGUCCCAUUUGCCUCUUUUCUCCCCCCUGUAACACAGAUUCAUAGUUGAGUUGUCUCAGCUUUGGGAGGGAAAUGGACAGGAACUCUUUCUUUAAUGCUGUGUGUUGGCUUGCAGAAGUAAGUUAUGUUCCCUCAUUCUUUCUUCUUCCUGUUUUUCUGACUUUCUCAUGCUUUUUAGGAGUGGCCCUGUAAAGCCAAGAUGGUUCCUGUGCACGCUGCUACUUGUUCAAGGCUCUUUAGAAAUUGAGGCUUGUGUUUUUCCUAGUUGAAUUGUGCAAAUAGGAAUCAGAACAUCUGGAUUCUGUCUUCUUUAGUUACUGACUGACUGUGACCUUGGGCAAAUAAUGUAACCUCUCCGUGCCUGAAUUUCCCCAUCUGUAAAUAACAGGGAUAAUACCUACCUCACAAGGGGGGUGGGACCUAUGUAGUAUGUUCAAAGUUCUUUGAGAUCUUUUUGUGGAAGGCAGCAUAGGCAUGUAAAACAUUUGUUCAAAUUCAUAAAAGCUUGUACUUUGGCAAGGAAGACUAGGUAAGAAGACCUGUCCUGAAGGAGGAAGUCAUACAACUAAUGCAUGCAUGUGCUCAGUUUUCUUCAGUGCCUGCAAGUGUGUCUGCACCCCCAGCAAGCCUGUGUUAUUGGGUUUAAUGAGAGCUUCAUUUGUUCCCAUUUGGCGUUAUAAAUAAGGGAUGUGGCCUUUUUAUAUGAGCGUGUUAGGGUAGUUUGCUUUAUUGCAGAGUACAGCUUAUCUGUUCACUCUUCUUGUACAGAUCUCUGCUCAUUUUGCUAACCUGCUUGCCAUUUGGAUGCAGAUAACUGAUUUGGCAGUGCUGCCUUCCUGUCAGGGAAGUCCAGUCCUGUUGUGAAGGCACUGUAGAUGAAUACUUUCUUGCAGCAGCACAGAGAACAUGAGUGUUUAGAUGUUUACAACCUUGAUGUUAAAAACCAGCAUGUGUGGGGAAAUACUCUCCUUAGUAAUUUUAAUUCAGUUUGAAGGCUAAAAGCAUAAUGUUGCUGUUGAUCAAGUGUACCUUCUUAGCAGGCAAGUGCAGUAUGUUACCAUUGAGGAAAGUCAUGCUUCUUGUUCAUCACAUUCCACAAGAUUUGUUUGAUGGUUGAAUUUCUUUUUGCUGCCUACUCCACUGAACUCUCCAGAGCUAGCCUUAAUGAUGCUACACUAGCUGCUAGUGCUGGGUAGACUGUUGACUGUGUAGACAAGGGACUCUGGUGUGUGGCAAAGAAACUUAGAAAAAUUGAUGUUUCUGGCACUUUUGUUAAAUGUAAACCUUUAGCAUUUUUAUUAUUUCUUAUCUGUUCAUCCUUUUGCUUUCCAUUUCUAAAACCUCAAUGUGUUUGUGAUCCAGGAACUUUAAAAACAAACACACACCAGCAAAAAGCACCUCAUGAGAAGCUCGAUCGGAACUUGUGUCAGAGGAACAUAAAGCAAGGCAUUAAAACUAUGUAGUUUUCAGUCUCCCUUACCGUUUUUGAAAGUCUGAGACAAAACUGGAUCAGCUGUUCUUUCUAUGCAAAAAAAUGUUAUUCCAAAGUUAUGGGAAGCAGCAUUUGAUCUGCAAAGAUGUAAUCUAGAGUUGCUCUUUUGUGUAGGAAGGUUAAUGAGGUGUCAGAAUCCCUUCUUUCUCACUUCUAGAUAACUGCUUGGUGAAGGUGAUGGGUAGCCAACAAUAGGAGGAUUUUGUGCCAAAUGGCAUCUGCCCUAACACCAUAUGGACAACAAAGGAACUGGAUGACACUGGUGGUAAAGAGUCAUACAUCCAGAUCAGGGUUUCCAGCUUAGAUAUUCUCUAUUACAAAGCUGCUAGAAAGGCAAUGUAGGAACACUGUUUGAUAAAUGCUCCUUAGAUGCAGUUAUCUUAAUUGAAUCUUGUGCAUGAGAUAAAAACAAGGUAGGCUUUGAGCAUCAGUCCCUAAGUAAGCUUUCCAAUUUGGAGCUCUGUGACUUACCAGAGGGUACCGAGCAAGAGGAAUCUGCUGUAAAACAAAGCUGUUUGCUUUAGCGAGUGGUGGGAUGUUUUCUGACAGGCAGAGGGCUCUCAAGGCAAAGAGUUGUCAUGUGUUUUACUGUAUGCAUCCUGAAAGCUGUUGCCACUGGUGCCUUGAGGCCCAGAGGCCAUCUGAAUGUUCAAGCUAGCUUGUAAUCUUUUCAUUUAUCCAUCUAUCCUGUACUGGUUUGAUUAGUCUCCUGCCUUAAUCUAUUAGUUAUCUUUCCUUCCCAGCUGCAGGUGGUGAGGUGCCCCAGGUCCCCAAAAGAGCUUCACUGUAGUCCACUACAUACCAAGAAAACAUGAGCCAGUCAGAAAGCUCACAUAACUUUUUUUUUUAAUCUAUUGGCUUUCAUUUAUUUGUCAGCAAGACAAACAUUUCAUCAUUACAUUGAAACACCUGCUAGCAGAAUUCUUGAGGAAAAUGGUGAAAAUUUUGCUAUAAGCAUAAAUGUGUUUUUUCCUUGAAUACCUGAAUAAGUUGCACUUUCUGCUGAGAAAAAGAGAGCAUGAGAGCACAAAUUUACUGAGCAGCCUAAAAUAAUGAUGAAAGAAUGGAGUAAAACGUAUUAAUAUCAUUAUAGAGCUCACAGAGAAGAAAUAACCUCAUUACUCUUAGUAUCAGUUACAAAAUGUCAUUGCUGUGAAAUCAGUUUUUCAGAUUUGGAAAUACAUGCAGGUUUUCUUUUAAAUAGUUGACUGGCUAUAUAUAUAUAUAUAUAUAUAUAUAUAUAUAUAUAUAUAUAUAUAUAUAUAUAUAUAUAUAUAUAUAUAUCACUAAUUGAUGUAACUGAUUUAGAAAUUUAGAAUAUGUUUGCCAGCUCUUGAGAAUAGGCUAUCUGGCAGUCUGCCUGUUUUUCCUGUAAAACUGAGGAGAAAGCACAGACAUAGCAACAGUGCAAAAAAAAAAAACCUUAAUUCCUUUUAAAAACAUUUCUGCUGGUUUCACAGAAAUUGAAUGUGGGACAGGUAGAGAGAAGAAGGCUUUUGUGUCAAAACUUAAGCGAUAAUGGUUAUGGAUUCUUUGUAAUAUUGUUGCUUCCUAUGGACUGCACAAUGCUCAGUUUCACCAUCAAGUAGACCUUAUCUCCACUGAGUCUUUUCUGAGGUGCAAAUAUAACUUUUUAUAGGUACCCUUUUCCCUUCAGAUUAUUAUUGCAGUGGAUUGUUAUUCAGUGUGGGGCAGGGAACUUCAAUGAAAAUAUUCUUUUUGCAAUUGUUUUCUAACAAAAUGAGUAUUUUCAAAGUAAAAUUUUCAUUAGUGAUGUGGAAAGACCUGUUUGGGUUUGGUAUGCUUUUAUGAUUUAUUUUUCUGUACCUCUAGGAAUGGGAGUAGUUGCCUUCCUCUUCAUAGCAUGCUGUUAUCUUAAGACUUAUGGACAGUGCUGCAUAGAGAUGUUACUGGAUGAAACUGGAUACCUCUCAUUCUGCUGAAGGUGAGGCAGUAAAGGUCAUGUAAAGAGAGGUCUUUGCCAUUUGGAGUGCUUUAUUAAAUAGCAAAUGACAGGAAACCUCCUAACUUGAACCACCACCUGUCUAUCUUUUAUCUGACUUUUAUCUGAACUUAAUUCAUUUCUAUGGAAUGAGCAUGGGAUCUGAAGACCCAUUAGAUGUAUGGAACCAGACGUAAUUACUAUAUCCCAGAAUUCAAUGUUGGCUUGUUGCCAUUUUAAGUAACUCUAAGCUAUUAUUAAUGUUUAUUUCUUUGGGUUUUUUGAAACUUUUCUUCUUGGAAAAAGAUGCUUAUUACUUUCUAAUGUUUUCUGUGUGUUUUGGAAAUAUUCUUAAAAACUCUAUCUGCUCUAUGGAAAAUAGGAAGGCUUAUCUUGCACAGCAAUAUAGAUCCUUCUUUUAACACAAAACAAAGGAACAUUUAGAAAUGAAAAUUUCUGAUCCCUUUUGCUACAGGGUAGUUGCUUUCCUUUGCUUCUAUAUUUAUAACUUGCUUAAGGCUAUAAUUUGGGUAAAACUGGAUGUGAACACUGACAGGAGAGGCAUAUGUUAAAAUAUAUAUUUGCAAACAAGCAAUAAAUAUAGCAUGUGCACAAACAAAACCAAAACAUGAUCAUGCUGUCACAAAGGAUAAUUUUAUGACUUCAUGAAUACUUUGGUUCAUUAUAUUAUUAAGGUAUCUUUAAGAAAGAAUGCCUUCCUAUGUUUUUCUUUAUAGUUUACUUUGGUAAGAUUAGAAUAAGGUGCUUGGCACAGGCUCUGGUCUCGCAUCUCACUGGACAGAAUGGAGUUUUAACCAAAUGUUUAUUUUUUUGUAUUUCCAUACCUGGUCUGUGGCUUAGACUUUCCAAUUUCUUUUGGUUAGCAAACAAGUCUUAAGAAAAGUUUGUUUCUUCAGCUCUGCUUUCACAGUUUCACAGAGCAACACCAAAAUGCAUUUAUGGCUCACUUUGCUACUCCCAUCUUAUUAAAUACAGUAGUAGAAUGUUACGUGCUAUAGUUUUAAUAUUCAUUUGCUUUUGUUUUUUCUCACAUUCAGCUUUUUUAAGCAGCAUUACUCUUGGUCAGAGACAAAUACAGCUUCAGAAAUCACCUACAUCAGCUUUAUUUUUGUAUGUUAAAAACAGUCAUUCCCAGCCUCAGAGGUAUGUGCUUGAUUAUAAGGUAAUUUCCCACUAGUGACUGUGUCUCACAUAGCUACCAGAAUUCUUACUGUCCUUCUGUAGCAAGAAACUCUUUUUUCCUAGUAGAAAAAACUUCAUUAGUGUUGUAUACAAGAACCGCAUUUCACCUCUUUCUGUACAUGAUAGAAAGAAUCUUCUUUUUCUUUGUUUCCAAAUGACAAGGAGCAUCAUUUUACCUAGUGAGCAUGGAUACUUGUGCUGGUCUUUUUAAGCCUGUGAAUUACAUCUGUGUGUUUUAGGUGCAUCUUGUAUUGCUAGGUGCCUUCUGUUUCAUGUGCAUCUUUGCUAGGGCCUUUGGUUGUUUUCUGGAAGAAACUGGAACUGGAAGGAUGUGGCUUUUCAGUACUGUAGUUUUCUUCAUCGUACAUCAGGCCAAACGUGAUACAAACAUUUCAUGUGCAUCCAUUUGCUGACUUGCAUAAACCUUUGUGGAAACAAGCAUGCUAUUGCUAACUCUCCUUAUCUGUCAAUUAGAAUUCUGAAUACAUGAUUCUGUGGCUGUCUCUAUCCCAUCCUUGUCAGUUAUUUGUUCUUGAUGCUGUAGUAUUUUUGGGCCCAAGACAGAAACCAAUGUUAUUUUAUCUGUGCUUUAACCUAAAACAUUUUCAAGGUAGAAGCAUAAAACAGAAGUGGGGGAAGUGAAAAUGGAGGUUGACAGAAAUUAACCAAUAUGAGGGUGAAAUUUUCUAUCUUAUUCUAGCGAGGAGCAGACAAGAGGAUACUAGCUGCUUGGGAAUCUAUUGGCAGUAUAGUUAAAUUGAGUCCUAAAGAAGGAUUUGAGGAUUGUGUAGUGACUUUGUUUCUGGUUGAUUUCUUUUCUUUUACCCUGAGCUACCUCAUUUAUACAGAUGAAGUGGAAAUAAAGGAUAAGUUUUAAGAGUUGCUCUAGAUAAACAAUUGAGGCUAGAAUGGUGAGAGCACCGAGGAAAACACUGUUUGGCUCUGUGACGUUGAAAUUCCUUGUGGAAAAAUAAAACCAGUUCCAAAAAUUAAGAUUAUGCUUUUAUUAUGUAACUCUACAAGAUAAACAAUAACAAGGCACAAAGUAUAUUUCCUGGUGGUUUUUGGCCUGCGGAAGAGCUGUAUUUCCAAUCUAAAAGGUGAUAAUUUCAUAUUGGUUGCUGCUGCUUUUAAAGGUGAAAGUAUGUUUUUUGAGAACAUAUUUUUUUCUAAAUAAUCUCAUAUACUCUUUAAGUGAGCCAAUAUGCAAUCUUGUUUCCCUUGUAUUUACUGUAGAUUUCCUAAUAUCAUAGAAUCCUUAAGAGUUGGAAGGGACACUGAAGGCCAUCUAGUCCAAAUCCCCUGCAAUGAACAGGGACAUCCACAGCUAAAUCAGGUUGCCUGGGGAAUAUAUCUGAUCCUAGGGCAGUUCUUAUAUCUGAUUGCUAAUGAUGUGCAGGUAGUCAACUAUAGCUAAUACUAAGAAGCUAUGGCACAUUUUUAGCAUGUAUCAUAGUGGAUUUUCCUGCUCAGCUGGAAGUGGGCUACUGUUAGGUCUGUGGCUGAUGGGAUCAGAUGGAUGCGCAUCUGACAAGUGUGGACCUAGAACAAAUCUGCAGGAGGAAUGCCAAAGUUGCAUUUGCUUAGAGCAGGAUAUUUGAAAGGUAAAAAUGCUGGAGGAAAAAGUCCCUUAGUUAUUCAGAAGUAAUUCUCGAGGAUCUUGUCCAUGCUUGAAUUUUAGCCUCCGUACAGUGAGAGUUUAGGGUUUCUAAUAAAAAAAUCUUGACUGAAGCCCCAGCAUCAGACCAAGAUAAAGCUUUUGUGUUAUUUAGGAGUGACUGACCCUGUCUCUUUGUCCUACUUUGAUUGUUCCAAUGUAGCAUUUUCUCAAGAAUAGAUGCUGAGUUAAAACUGCCUUCUUGUCUUAAAGCAGGAGGAGAGAUGAGUGAGUCUGAGAAAGAAGAAUAAUUGUUGUAGCCAUGUCUUAAUGCAUUUCCUUAUCACUCUCCCAGCAGCAGAGGUUAGAAUGGAGCAGGAAGACAUAUCAGUGUUUUUCUAGGCUUCAUUGUUAAGAAUGCUGCUAACAUGAGAUUUCAGAAUAUAAACAAGUAAGUUCUUUGGGAAGCCCUGUAUACUGAGCUUCUUGUUAUUGAGUUUCAAAACAAAUGUGUCCUCUGAUUAUCUGCCACUGUUCAAUAGCACAGUUAUCUUCUUGAGUUUAAAUACGGUUGGAGAAGAUCUGAACUCCUUUCUUGAGUUGUUGUGGUGGUGGCUACUUUUUGACUUUGGGGGUAAAGUAAGGUGGUGUUUUUUCCUAAUCCCAGUUUAAGUUGCAAAAUGAGUUGUCUCUCCUGACUAAUUGUCCAGAUAUUUGUAGUAGGCUUCUAUUUCUGCCUUUCAUGCUUUAGUGAGUAGCUCUUAAAAUGUCAUCAUAGUUAGCAUUUGUGUCUGAAUAGGGCAGCUAAUACCUCUGAGCUGAUUUUUCACACUGCAUCUCAAGCAGAUGUUAUUGCAUUAGUUCUGCCAUUGCUCUGAUUUCAAGGUUAUCUUGGCAACCAUAACAUCCAGAAAUCCUAGAUUAUAAAGGAUAAAGCAGCAGAAAAAAAUAAGAGGACAUACCAAUGCUUACCAGUUGAACAGCUGAGUUUUGCCAGUGGUCUUUGCAGAGAGUAAAAAACAUUGUUGUGCAGCAUAGGUCUCUGAGAGACAGCUAAAUUCCAAGUGGAGAAUGUACCUGGAUCUUCUUAAUGUCAACAGGCACCGGUGCCUCAUAUUUGGCAGUUUUUAUAUGAAACCAUAUAAAGCCAAAAGCAUCUAGUAGUUAAAGUUUAUAUAGGGUACUGUCUUUUAACUAGGAGGGGAAGAGGCCUCAAUUUGAGAAAGCAUACUUAAACAUCACCAAAAUCAAUGGAAUGUAUCUGUGGGGCUGAAUGCACAGAAACCUCAAGUCAACAAAGCUGUUACGAACUCAUCUGGGGCGUUGUCUUGUAGAGAUUAAUGGUGGAGGACCAGUCUCCAUAUUUUGUCAGAGGACGUUCCUUCACAAGCCUUUGGGUAAAUGCAGGCUCGAUUUGCUCUGACUUGUAUGGCCUUUCCAUGCCUGCAUUUGCCAUCCUGUUUCAUCGCUAGUUCUUACCAUAAACAGGGAAAGCUCUGAGAAUAUUUUCUGAUAUAGGAGAGAUCAAUAACUUCUGCACUAGCAGACUGCUGGCUUCAGAGGGGGCAGUAAGUGGUGUGUGGAGGCUGUGUGUACAAAUUUUGAUUUAACCUGAGGUGUUUUCUCAGGUUCUUUCAUUUCAGAAAUACAUCCUUCCGGGUUAGUAUACAGAUCUGACAAAUUUGGAAGUGAUCAGUGUCUGCUGUUAUUGUUAGGGUUCUUGGAUUCUUGCUUGUCAGCUGUUGGCCCAGCACUUUGUGUUGGUAUAUGUGAUUUCUUUGUCAUAAAUUCAAAACAAACUGGGAAUAUGGGAGAUAUUUUGCCUGACUUCAGUUGAGAGGCUUAUACGGAGUGGGGAGGGGCAGUAGUGGUGGAAAAAUCAGGGAAACUACCUGUGAUUUUAACCGUGUCUCUUCUGUGGCUUUGAAAGUCUGAAUUUCGCAGCCAGAGAAUGUAUUUCCUCCCUCUUUUUAUAAGCUGUGUCUUACUUUUGCCUUAUUAAUUGUGGAUCUGUUCCUGCUUCUGUUUAAAGCCAGUUGCAAAAAAACAGUGACCUGAAUUUCCUAGGUACAGUGUUGUCAAAUCCGAAGAACCAGGUGAGUAGAUGACUCUAGUGUAAGAUCGUACGCCCAUGUCCAUUCUUUUGAGGUAUGGGAUAGUUCCUGCUUGUGUUGAAAUCCCUGUGUGGAAAGUGUUAGGUACUUUGUAAGGAGCUCUAAACUCUGCAGGACUGGGAUUUGUCUGAUGACUUAAGUAUUUCAGUCCAGUGUUGGAGACCUCUGUAUGUCUUCUGUUCAUGGUGUUCAAAAGUUUGUUACUAUGGACGUAGCACCUGAAGGUGUGUUUUGCCCGAAGAACCUGCAAUGAAGCAGUUGCAUUAGCAAAUGGUAAUGUAUCCCAGAGUUGAGUAAAAUAACAGAGGCCACCAAGGUUUUUCUUGUUUGUGUGAUGAAAUGUUGUCAAAUGAAGUGAUUUGUUGGAGCCUUCCUUUAACCUCUGUACAGCAGUAAGCUUAGGGGAAAAUAAGAUUGCAUUAUUUUUUAAAAAGCUUUAUUUGUGACCUGGCUUUGUUGCCUCUGACCCUCUUGGGCUUAAAUAGUUAAAUUAUAUUAAUGUCCAGUUUGUUUCACUGUAGGUAACACAUCAACUGAAUACUCUUGUGCAUAAUCUACUGUAUCUUUCCUCUGUUCUGUGUCAAUGUAUUAUGUGUAUUUGGAUUACAGUUCUUUUUUUAUUGUAUUAAAUUAUUUUAUGUUAUAGAACAAUAUUUAAGCAAAGCAAAGAGCUAAUGAAAGUUGUUGGCGUUUUGGGAUUUUUUUUUUUCUCUUUGCUUUCUUUUUGGAUGUACUGUAAAUUGUAAACCAAGGAUGCCAAGCAGGCUUGGUUCAAUGGCUAAAAUUAUUGUAUUACAGUGUAAUGCUGAUCUAGGCCUUGUCUCAACACUAGAGCACACAGACUUGAAUAAAACUGUUACAAAAGUGAU